GAGAAGAGACCAGAGAACAAUUCUCUUCAAGAAAAGAAGCUUAUUAAAAUGCAUGGGUUUUACUUUUUCUUGGUUUUCUUUAGCAAGAAAGAGAGCUAUUGUGGAUCUUGCUUCUGCAAUGGAGUGAACACUGAACAACUUCAAUAAUCAAGUAACUCUCACAUGCACUAGUCCAGCUAGCUAGCUAGUUAGUAGUUACUUUUCUUCCACAUUGCCUAAACGUAACUCGAAAGCAAAAAUAAAUCUGAGAAGUAGAAAAAACAAGUAUUCUUGCUCUUUUCGCAAAGGGUAAUACAAAACCUUCCCUUUAUAAACAUCAAGCACCAAUAGUCUCACAAAUAGCUAGUCCCAUGGAUCCUCUUUCUUCUAAAGGUAUCACUGGCCAACUUACUAUGAUUUGGCAAGUAUUGAAAGCACCAUUGAUCUUGCCCGUCUUGAAGUUAUUGGUGAUAAUAUGCUUAGUAAUGUCAAUAAUGCUCUUCAUUGAAAGGAUGUAUAUGGGUGUUGUCAUUGUUUUUGUAAAGUUGUUUGGAAGGAAACCAAACAAAAGGUACAAAUGGGAGGCCAUGAAGGAUGAUAUUGAGCUUGGCAAUUCUGCUUAUCCUUUGGUUCUUGUUCAAAUUCCAAUGUACAAUGAAAAAGAGGUUUAUCAAUUGUCCAUCGGAGCUGCAUGUGGGCUUUCAUGGCCGUCAGAUCGAAUCAUAAUCCAAGUGCUUGAUGAUUCAACAGACCCUGCCAUUAAGAGCAUGGUGGAAAUAGAAUGUCAGAGAUGGGCAAGCAAAGGAAUAAAUAUAAAGUAUGAGAUAAGGGAUAACAGAAAUGGGUACAAAGCAGGAGCUCUUAAAGAAGGAAUGAAACACAGUUAUGUGAAACAAUGUGAUUAUGUUGCCAUUUUUGACGCUGACUUUCAGCCUGAGCCUGACUUCCUUUGGCGCACCAUUCCUUUUCUUGUUCACAACCCUCACAUUGCUCUUGUUCAAGCUCGCUGGAAAUUUGUUAAUGCUGAUGAAUGCUUGAUGACAAGGAUGCAAGAAAUGUCAUUGGAUUACCAUUUCACAGUGGAGCAAGAAGUAGGCUCUUCAACUUAUGCCUUCUUUGGAUUCAAUGGAACUGCUGGUGUAUGGAGAAUUUCAGCUAUCAAUGAAGCAGGAGGAUGGAAGGAUAGAACAACAGUGGAAGAUAUGGAUUUGGCUGUCAGAGCAAGUCUAAAAGGCUGGAAGUUUGUUUAUAUUUCUGACCUCAAGGUGAAAAAUGAAUUGCCGAGUACAUUCAAAGCGUAUCGAUACCAGCAACACAGAUGGUCUUGUGGCCCUGCAAAUCUCUUCAAGAAAAUGGCAAUGGAAAUAAUGAGAAACAAGAAAGUGUCGAUGUGGAAGAAGUUUUAUGUGAUCUACAGCUUCUUCUUCGUUAGAAAGAUCGUAGCUCAUAUUAUCACAUUCCUAUUUUAUUGUGUUGUUUUGCCUGCAACUGUUUUGGUACCUGAAGUAGAAGUUCCCAAGUGGGGUUCUGUUUAUAUUCCUUCUACUAUUACUCUCCUUAAUGCUGUUGGAACUCCAAGAUCACUCCAUCUAUUGAUUUUUUGGGUUCUAUUUGAGAAUGUCAUGUCUCUGCAUCGAACCAAGGCAACAUUUAUAGGUUUGUUGGAGGCAGGAAGAGUGAAUGAAUGGGUUGUCACUGAAAAGCUAGGAGAUGCUCUCAAGAUUAAAUCAACUGCCAAAGCUCCCAGGAAGCCUCGCCUCAGGAUUGGAGAAAGAAUGCAUCUGCUAGAGCUUGGUGUUGGAGCCUAUCUCUUCUUAUGUGGGUGCUAUGAUUUUGCCUUUGGAAAGAACAGUUACUUCAUAUAUCUCUUCCUCCAAUCCAUAGCCUUCUUCAUUGCAGGAAUUGGGUAUGUUGGGACCUUCGUCCCCAGCUCUUAGCCCAAAAAGUCUUGACCAAGAAUGAAUUUUCUCUAGUAUUUUUCAUUCUCCAAGAAAUUAUCCUUUGGUUCCUUAAUUUUUCAAUUGUUUAUAAAGUAAAUUCUGGUCAUUCUUUAAUAUUGAACAUAAGGAAGGUUCUGUUACAGAAACAACUUUUUUUUUCUCCUUUGAAGUAGAAAAUUCAAUAGGCCAAGCUGCAAAUGAGUGUAUGUCUAUAUGGAGUUUGGUGCAAAGCAAAUGAUUUAGUGUC